AUGAAGGCUGUUACUCCAGUCCGCCCCCAGGACUCCUCCUCCACCGGCAGCCAGCUAUCCCUGCACUAUCUGUCGAAGCAGAGCCUCAACAUCGCCCGGUGCAGGAUGGAGGAGGAGGACCUCUUCUGCCUGCAGUACGAUAUGAACGACUGCUACAGCCGACUGAAGCGCCUAGUGCCCACCAUCCCGCAGGAUAAGAAAGUCAGCAAAGUGGAAAUCCUCCAGCAUGUCAUAGACUACAUCUUGGACCUGCAGCUGGCCUUGGAGACGCACCCUUCCCUCCACAAACAGCAGCCACAGUGGACCGGGACCUGUCCCGCGCCACCCUCCAACCCCAGCCGUACACCGCUGACGGUGCUCAACACUGACCACCACCAGAGGACGUCAAUAGUCAAAAAGCCGGAUGACUCGAUUUUAUGCCGCUGAGACAAGAGCACUGCA